AGAACGGUCUGUUGUAUAAUGACACAGAACAACCAGUUAAAAGGUCCUGCAAGCUGACAAGUAGGAAGUAUCAUUGCUAUAUUAUUCCAGAACUGCCCAACCAAGAAGGCACAAUGGCCAAAAAGGUUGCUGUGAUAGGCGCAGGAACAAGUGGUUUGGUUGCCAUUAAAACUUGCUUGGAUGAAGGUUUGGAGCCCACCUGCUUUGAAAGAACCAAUGACAUUGGUGGACUUUGGAGGUUCAACGAUGAUCCAGAGGAUGGCAGAGCCAGUAUCUACAAAUCUGUUAUUAUUAACACUUCCAAGGAAAUGAUGUGCUACAGUGAUUUCCCCAUUCCAGAAGAUUACCCCAACUUCAUGCAUAAUUCCAAAAUAUUCAAUUAUUUCAGAAUGUAUGCUGAGCAUUUCCAGGUGUUCAAGUACAUCCACUUUAAGACCUCGGUUCUUAGUAUUAAAAAAUGCCCAGAUUUUGCAACAACUGGACAAUGGGAAGUUGUCACUGAAAAAGAAGGAAAACAGGAGGCAGCCAUUUUUGAUGCUGUGCUUGUUUGCACUGGACACCAUACAAAUGCUCAUCUUCCUCUGGAUUCAUUUCCAGGUAUUGAGAGAUUCAAAGGAAAGUAUUUUCAUAGCCGUGAUUACAAGAACCCACAACUGUUUAAUGGGAAAAGAGUGAUCGUUAUUGGGAUUGGUAAUUCUGGUGGAGACAUUGCAGUGGAACUUAGCAGGACUGCAUCCCAGGUGUUUCUUAGCACCAGAAGAGGAUCCUGGGUUCUGAAUCGUGUUUCAGACUAUGGUUAUCCCAUAGACAUGCUGCAUGUCACACGCUUCCUGAACCAUCUCAAGCAAGCUGUACCCAAAUCAAUGUUAAACUGGAUUGGGGAGUCUAAGAUUAACAAACGGUUUGAUCAUGCUAAUUAUGGCUUAAAGCCAAGUCACAGAUUAUUUAGCCAACACCCAAUGGUAAAUGAUGACCUUCCAAAUCGAAUAAUUGCAGGAGCAGUAGUUGUGAAAUGCAACGUUAAAGGGUUUACAGAGACAGAUGCCAUUUUUGAAGACGGAUCCAUUGAGAAAAAUAUUGAUGUUGUUGUCUUUGCAACAGGAUAUACAUUUGGAUUCCCAUUUUGUGAAGAUCUUAAAGUUCAAAACAACAAGGUGUCCUUGUUUAAAUAUACAUUCCUACCAGAACUUGAGAAACAAACACUAGCUGUCAUUGGCUUAAUACAGCCACUCGGAGCUAUAAUGCCCAUUUCAGAACUUCAAGUCCGCCUAGCCACUAGAAUUUUUAAUGGAGAAAAGCUGCUUCCUUCUGCCAGUGCCAUGAAAGAAGAUAUCAUGAAAAAGAAAGAAGAGAUGGAAAACCGCUAUGUGGCCAGUCAGCGUCAUACGAUACAAGUGGACUACCUGGAAUACAUGGAUGAGCUUGCAGAGUUGUUGGGUGUAAAACCUGACUUGUGGAAUCUCUUCCUCAAAGAUCCUAAGCUUGCUUGGAAUGUGUAUUUUGGUCCAUGUACUCCAUAUCAGUAUCGGAUAACUGGCCAUGGAAAGUGGCCAAAAGCCAGAGAGGCCAUCUUUACUCAAUGGGAUCGUGCUAUGAAGCCACUGAAAACCCGGGCGGUAGAAAAAUCUGGUGGCAAUUCCAUGGCCUCUUUAAUAAUUUUAGGCUCCAUAUUGCUUCUGGUUGCAAUAUUUGUAUUUUGAUUGGAAGGAUGAGGAGGUUAAGUCAGGUGCUUUAAAUGCAUAGGUGAAUGUAUUAUGCAACUGGGAUAUAAUUACCAAUUUACAGUUUACAAUUAUACUAUAGUCACUACAGUGUAAACUAAUCAUACCUAUAGGUGAAAUGACAAGUGACAAAGUAAAUGACAAAAAUCCAUGACAAAGAUCACACUACUAAUAGUAGUAAUAACUACAUCUGAACUAAACUCAGAAGGCUACAUCUACCUCUAAUUAUCAGUUUUACAGUAUACAGCAAAUAUUUCUAGGGAAUAUAUUAUGAUAAUAAAUGUAAUUUCUCUCUC